ACAAUCUAGGUGUAGCAAACUUGAAUGCAGUUCGUAAAAUAGGCGCUGAGAAUGGAGGUAAUCAAAUUGGUAGUUUGAACACUGCAGGAAAAUUUUGCAAUGCAUGUGCUACAAAAAUUGGCAGAAUUGAAGUGGGAGUCACAACUGGUACUGAUAUUAUUCCAAAUGGAACAUGGAAUGAAGACUA